AUGACUGAAAGUGCUAUUGAUGACCAGAGUUUUAAUUUUACAAAAAAGUUGCAACGGCAAUCCCAUAGAUGUCAAGUGAAAGUAACACAAAAGGAUGAUGUUAUUGUUUCCGCAAGUCAUAGUUCUUUCCAGUAUUCCCUGAAUGCUGAUUAUAAAAAUGUAAGCAAUGGAAACACUGUGAGAAGAAGCAUAAGAUCGAUUUUCAAAAGGGCGACUGACUUACCUAGAGUUCAUAUGGGGCCGCUUACUUAUUCGUACAGUAUAAAUGAGCUUGUUGAUAAAAGAUUGCGGAAGGACUGCGAUCUAAGCACUUUAUGUCGCAUAUUGCAAAAAGGAAUUAGGAUGAUUAGAAUGACGCGCAGGAGACGAAAGUACUAUGAGUUUAAAUUGAUUAACAACAACGGACAGAUAAUAUGGAAAGAUGGCUCGAAAUUUCUUGAAUUAGACUCUAUUAAAGGUAUUAGAAUUGGUGAUAUGGCGAGGACCUAUCAAGAGGAAGUUGAUCCGAAAAGAUUAAGGUCAGACAAUAAGCUGUGGAUUACUAUCAUUUACAAAGUUUCAAAUAAGUUGAAAGCUCUACACGUGGUCGCUUUAAAUGAAUUAGACUUCAAUACUUUCUUGAGUUGCGUUUGUGGCCUAGUAAAGCUAAGAAGAGAAUUAAUGGAAAGCAUACUUUUGCCCGAUAAUUCGCAGUUUGCUAGAAUACAUUGGCAGAUAACUGUCUCUGAGAAGGAAGAAGAUGAGAAAAAGGAUACAUUGAGCUUUGCGGAUAUAAAAAAGCUCUGUGACAAAUUUCAUAUUUAUGUGUCUACAGGACAACUGUUGCAGUUUUUCCAAAUGGCUGAUAUCAACCAUAACGGAUUAUUGAAUUAUUUUGAGUUCGAGAAGUUCAUUAAGAUUUUAAAAAAUAGGAAAGAGGUGAAUAUGAUUUGGUCUAGGAUUACAAAACCUCCCCACAAACAUCUGUCAUUCGAAGAGUUUUAUAAAUUUUUGACUGAUGAGCAACAUGAGCAGGACGGUCGUGAAUCCGCAUGGUCCACCUUUGUUAAAUAUAAACAACCAACGCAUUCAAUGAUGGGGCCUGACGCUUUCACCGAAUUUUUGAAAGAACAACCAUAUCUGGUCGAUGUUAAAGAGGAAUUAUAUUCAAAGCCGUUAAAUCAUUAUUUUAUUGCAUCUUCACAUAAUACGUAUCUGUUGGGGAAACAAAUCGCAGAAACGCCAUCGGUGGAGGGUUAUAUUCAAGUUUUACAACAAGGUUGUAGAUGUGUAGAGAUCGAUAUUUGGGAUGGCGAAAAUGGACCGGUUGUAUGCCAUGGAUUUUUGACGUCCGCCAUCCCUUUGAAAACUGUUAUACAUGUGAUCAAGAAGUACGCUUUUAUUACCUCGCCGUAUCCUUUAAUCAUUUCAUUAGAAAUAAAUUGUAAUAGGGACAAUCAAAAACUGGCGAGCCUCACAAUGAGAGAGGUUUUAGCGGAGCAACUCUACUUUGCUGCAACAACAAAUGAUAGACUACCAUCACCCAAAGAAUUAAAGCAUAAAAUUAUCUUGAAAUCUAAAAAGACUGGUGAAGUAGUCGGAAGCACAAAUGUUGGAGAGUCGUUUCCAUCUUCUAUCAGUUCUUCUUAUGAAUCAUCUAAUGAGCAGGAUUAUAGAAUCAAGGAUGAUUCCACGAACAAUAACAGUAACAGUAGCACAACAAACUCUUCUAGUAUGCAACGAAUUAAAAGAAUUGGAUUGAAAAAACAUGUCGACAUAAUUAAUGAUGUUUCGAACAUAUCUGGGAUACACGGUAUCAAGUUCAGGAACUUUUCCUUACCUGAAUCCAAAACGAUAACACAUUGCUUUUCGUUGAAUGAACAUAAAGUAGAAUACAUGAUCAAGGACAAGCACUUAAAACUUUCAUUGGAUAAACACAAUAGACGAUAUUUGAUAAGAGUAUAUCCCCAUGUUUUAAGAUACAAGUCAUCAAAUUUUAACCCUAUCCCUUUUUGGAAAGUUGGAGUGCAAAUGGUAGCCACAAACUGGCAAACGAAUGACAUUGGGCAACAACUUAAUUCGGCCAUGUUUCAAAUAUUGGACCACCAACCUGAUGGAUGUUUUAAGUCCGGAUACGUUUUAAAGCCAAAAAAGCUGAUGCCUGUUGUAACAAAGGCUAAAAUGAUUCCGGUGCUCUAUGACCAUCUGGAGAAAGCUAAUGAUCCAAUGACCGUAAAAAUUAGAAUUCUAUCCACACAGUUAUUACCGAGGUUAAAUGAUACAUCGCCAAGCAGGAACAAUACUAAUUCGUAUGUUAAAAUAGAGUUCCAUACUGAUGAAGAACCGGCAACGCUUAUCUCAAUUGAUAAGGGUACAAGGAUUUCUGCCACGGAAGCAUCCACUAAAAGUUCUCGAGGUAAUGGAUUCAACCCUAUUUGGGACGCUGAAGUUUCCAUUACUUUGAAAGAUACCGACCUGACAUUCAUAAAAUUUAUGGUCGUUUCUGAAGAAACCCCGAUUGCAUCAGUCUGCCUUAAGCUAAGCUAUUUGAGAAUGGGGUACCGUCAUAUCCCACUGUUCAACAUGGACGGGGAACAAUACAUCUUUUGCACUUUAUUUAUUCAUACAAAAAUUCUGUAA